AAUGGCGUCGGACAUUCAAGAGCCUAGCUAUUCGUCUCCACCGAAACGUUUUAAAUUAGAUAAUUCCGAUGUUUUGUGCAGUAGAUCAAGUGGUAUGGAUGAUGUGUCCUUCAGUGCAAGUUUUAAAGUACCAGAGCAGUCACAAAAUUGCGAUGCUGGCUUUAGCUCUGAACUAAAGAGGAAGACACCACAUCAAGAGGAACUAAACACUGAUACAAAUUUUGAUCCGACGCUUAAUAACCACCAUCAGUCACAAGAUGCUGGCAUUGAAGAUGACGAUGACGUUUCUUCUACUGUCAGCAACUUGUCAGAUCUUAGUGGACUCUCAGAUAUAAGUGGACAAGAAUGGAAACCUAUUGCUGGUCCCAUAAGCUGGGUACAAAAGCAGAUGCUGAAUGGAGUGAACCCCAGAACUCUCCUCAACCAGAUGAUGGGAGACCCGUCACAUGUGCCAACACAGGUUGAUGAUCUCACAUUGUGGAAGAUCAUUAUUGGCAUGUUGAGUGAGCCACCUCGCAGACAGAGACUGAGGCAUAUCAACUCUCUCAAUGAUGUCAUUCAUCUGCUCAACACCUGUUCUAGGAUAAUUGUGCUUACUGGUGCUGGGGUGUCAGUAUCGUGUGGCAUUCCAGACUUUCGUAGUCGUGAUGGUAUUUACUCUCGUUUGGCUGUUGAUUUCCCCAACCUACCAGACCCACAAGCCAUGUUUGACAUCAACUUCUUCAGACAAGAUCCAAGGCCCUUCUUCAAAUUUGCCCGAGAGAUCUAUCCAGGACAGUUCAAACCUUCCCCUUGUCACCGAUUCAUCAAAAUGCUGGAGCGACACAAGAAAUUAUUGAGAAAUUAUACUCAGAAUAUCGACACACUGGAGCAAGUUGCUGGCAUAAACAACGUUGUGGAGUGUCACGGAUCAUUUGCCACAGCCUCCUGUACAGUAUGUGGACACAAAGUGACAGCCGAUUACAUACGCAAAGAUGUUUUUCAACAGAAAAUACCUCAAUGCCCCGUGUGUCCUGCCAACUCAGAUAUAUCUCGAGGAGUUAUGAAGCCAGACAUUGUGUUCUUUGGUGAAGGAUUACCAGAGAGCUUCCACACUGCAAUGGCUAAGGACAAAGAUCUGUGUGACUUGCUCAUUGUGAUCGGGUCCUCGUUGAAAGUAAGGCCGGUCGCCCUCAUACCAAGUUCUAUUCCAAGCAACGUUCCACAGAUCUUAAUUAAUCGAGAACGCCUGCCUCACCUCAACUUUGAUGUAGAACUUUAUGGAGAUAGUGACAUUAUCAUAGAUGAGAUUUGCCGUAUGCUGGGAGGAGACUGGACCGAGGUGUGUUGGAUGGAAACUCCCCUGUCGGAGGCACCUCAGUUGCUCCCACCACCAUCUAGGUGUGGCUACUAUUGUGAAGGUGAGGAGGCAGAGAUGUCAGUAGACAGACAUGAGACCAUGGACCAUGAAAUGGACCUGCCAGAUACUGCGGACUUGUGCAGGUCGGAGGGACAAGCCAAGUCAGAGGGAGAGGUGAUGGCAGUGGAGGGGGAGGUAGACACAGAUGAGGGGGUGGGGGAGGGAGAGCGCUGCCUGGUGACUAGACGUCAUCUAAGUAUGGACUCUACACGAGACAGUGGGAUAGGAGACGGUAGCAACAGCAGUCACUCGGCUGAGCGACACAUGAGUGUAGAGAGUGAUGGAAACAUCUCACUGGCUCAGCGGCUGCCUGAAAACUCGUUCUUUUAUCUGCAGCCAAACCGUUACAUCUUCCCCGGGGCGGAGGUGGUGGAUGAGUCGGAUGAGGAUGAUGAUCGCUCUAGUGUCGGUGACCUGAGUGAUGUGGAGUCAGACACAUGGGCUACUCAUUCCUAGACAACCACAACCACUCACUGUUGUUACUCACACUGUAUCAGCCUUUGACGCUCUGAAGCAUCACCACUAACACUGCACUGUA